AUGAACAGCCUGGUGGCCACACCUCCUGUCCCUCCACACUUCCACGAGCACUCCCGUUUCUCUCCCUCUCUUUCCAACCAUCUCUUCCAAGUGUCGACACCGUCCCAGCCUACCAGCAAUCGGAAGCGAAAGGCCGAAGAUGACAGCAAUGACCAUGAUGUCCGCAUGUCCGCUUCUCCCACCAGCUCGCCCGCUUUUACGCCUCGUCCCCUCCCGAACCGCCAGGUCAAACGAGCUCGCCCCAACGUGUCUGGGCGACCCCUUUCCCUCCCCCGACUUCUCGAGACGCUAGACACCGAUGCUUUACGCUCCCUCGUGCAGUCAAUGUGCCAACGUCAUCCCGAAUUGAAUGACGAGGUUCUCCAAACGGCCCCGCGGCCGAGCGUCGCUGCUACCCUUCAAGUCCUCCGCAACUACCAAUCGACCCUCCAGGCUGCCUUCCCGUUGGGUGGCAAUCCCUCGUCCGACUACGCAUACAACAGGGUACGGCAGCAUCUCUCCAACUUGCUGGACGCCCUGAGCGACUUCACACCUCAUUUCCUGCCACCCAACGAAACUCAACCAUCCACGUCUCUGAGCUAUUUGGACGGCGCGACGGAGAUCAUCCACAGUCUGCCCAGAUGGGACUCCCCGCAGCACAACAUCGACCGAGACCUUGCGUAUGACGAAAUCGCCAAGGCAUGGGUUCUGGUCAUUCGAGAAGCGGCCAAGCGUGGCGGAGGUAUUCAGCUGCAGUACGGGGGCUGGGACCAAAAGCUGGCGAAACACAACCAGACUUCUGGUGGCAAGCUGCAGGCCGCUGUCAAUGAGCUUAGCUCCAGUCUAGGCUGGAUGGGCGGAUCAGCUGUUCCUGGUGCAGGGGGUCCUCCUCCCAGCGAUCCGGGUUCCAUCCGCGAGCAGCUCCUCUCGGGAACAUACGGGCUUGGAGUUCCUCUGAAGGUUGGCCCGUGGUGA